AUGAAUUCCACACCCCAUCCUCCAACUGAAUUUUUCUGCAACCUAGUAAGGGAAACCAAAGAAGAAGCAGAUCGAAUCAUCCAGAUCGUCCUUCCAAGGAAAAUAUGUAACUUGAGUGAAUUUAUCGAGGAGAUGCAGCAGACCGUUCUGCAGAAUGAAGAACUCCCGGAUGUAGAUAUGCGCGGGGAAAGUGUCGACUGUAACGAGGUGCAUUUUUGGGGAUUCUUUCAUUCGAAGAAGAUUAAUGAGCUGAAUGCGAAACUAAAGAAAGAAAUUGCUGAAUUUUUGGAUAUAUACGACGUGCUAUAUAUGUGGAUCACCUACAACCGCGCUCCUGCCGACAAUGGCCACCCGUUGGGAGAGGAAGUUCAAAACGAACUUUUCAAUUCGUUAGACGCUGGGAAGGACUCAGCUGUUGAGAUGCUCUGUCGUCGGAAUAUGGCGGUGUCUGAUCUCGUUCAGUAUAUCAGAACUCUUGACAACGCUCACUUCUUCACGUUGUGUCAAGGGUUUAGAGAUUUACGAAACGCUUAUUCGACAAUUCUGGACAAAAUCAAUAAAAACUACGAUAAAAUAGUUAAACCGAAAGAUAACCUCGGUGGACGAGCAUUUGCUCUUUAUGGAACCGUAUGGAAUCGUAUUUCAGUCCAAAUGGCCAUUAUAACUAUGGAGGAGUAUUGA